CGACGAAACUGGGACGGUCGACUCGAUGGAGACGAGCGAUGACUCGACAGAGGCGCUCGAGCAAGAGUGGGCAGCUUCUAUCGUUCAGCAUUCGUGGAGGGCAUACACCCAGCGGCAGUGGUCAACGUGGCGCCAGCACGUGACCAGCCACGGCGACGUGAACGAGAACGCCGCGUCAACUGACCAACGUGUCCGAGCGUUGAAUGUGAACGACCAACACGCCAGCAAUGGUGGCGAUGAUGUGGUGCCUUUCCGAGAAAACCUCGUAUCUCAGCUGCAUUCUUUAGCGUCUGUAUCUUCAGUGCCCAACAACGGUCCCCUGCAGCCCCUUUGCCACGACACGCCACCAGCGAGCCAGACGCCUCAACAAGUCCAUGUAGCCGAGCCCCAUGUGGACGACGACGUCGUGCAUGCACGACUCGAGUCAGAUGCAUUGUUCCAAUCGCUCAAGGCCAAAGAGAGCGUGUUGGACCUGCAAGUGAACGUGCUCCUGCAGCAGCAGCAAGCACUCGAGGCGCGACAGCAAAAGCUUCGGCAGAUCAAAGCUCAAAAGGACCAAGAGGCCAAGGAGCGAAAGAAGCUCGCCAAGCUCCGCGCACGCGAGUGCAAGGAGCUCGAGGCGCGAAGGCAGGCGGAGGCCGAGAAAUUCCGGGCCCUCGAAACCAUGCACAUCAUCAAGACGGUGGACGCGCCACCGGCGAUUCCAAAGACGCAUCAGACACCAGUCCGCAAGCGACAGCCAAUUGUCCACGUCGCCGACGUGACUCCGAUGCCCAAAAUGAAGAGCUAUGCCAAGCUACCUGGAUUGCAGGGAGCGUCCAUCGACGACGCGGCAGGUGACAAGCCCGUCGUGGCCACCAAAAGCAGUGCGUUCAGCAGUGAGCGCCAGGCCAUGUCAUGCUAUGCGCAAGACCUAACUCCCCUCGUGAACGGCGAGAAACCGAGACGUGUCAAAGUGCCCGAGCCAGUCGUCGCCAAGCCACAGUCCACGACGAAGAAAGCCAAGCCGAAGCGCGUCCAGAAGCCGUCAAAAGUCAAAAUCGUCGAGUCCAUAAACCAGUCGUUCGACAACCAGUUUGACGACCUGGACACACCCUUGUCCAUCUCCAUCCCCUCUUCGUACACCGCCACGAAACGCAACGAGUUUCCCCCAAACGCCAAGUACUCCACAGCCACCCCGUUGACCGCCGAAAUCAAGCACAUCCCCUGGGCGUCAACGUACACGAAGGAGUUCGAAGCACCCGUGAGCGCCAUGCAGCAGGACUUUGAAGCCACGUUGCACGAGGUGCUCAAGCAGCAUGCGACGACGCCCACUACGACCAGCGCGAGCGAUGCGACACGAGUUGAUCUUCCAAACCACGUGAGCCACCCCCCGCCGUCGUUGGCCCCACCGUCUUCUAUCUCCAUAUCGGCUGCGCGAAAUAUUGGCCCCAGUCAAAACUGUGCAUUGGCGGCAACGGUAUCCCGGCGAGAGUACUUGCUCAACAAAUACGGCAAAGUCGACAUGGAUGCCUUCAAGUCGUCGCCAACAACGACCGCAACCCCCGACGCCCCCGCACACACGCCAAGUGACAUUACGUCGCAACGCACGUACGAUCGACUUCAGUCGAUCUUGGCAAAGUACAAUAUCGCCACAACCUCCACCACACGUUCUGAAUCGAGCAGCACACAGAGUCUGCUGGCUAAGUAUGCUCCCGCAGCCCAUACAACAUGAACUAUGUCCCCU